CAGAGCCCUAGGGGCAAUAAGUUUACCUGUUUAUUUUUAAGAGCCCCAGCAGCUCUGCUGGAAAAGGAAAAAAAAAUUAACCAAAAAAAAAAAAAAAAAGAAGAGAAAAGUCCCCAAAAAAAAAAAACAAAAAAACAAACAAACAAACAAACUAGUAAUUCUUUUUUUAUUCUCAAUUUUUUAAAAAAAAUAUUUUGACCCAGUUUUUUAUUCAACAUGGCGUUUGGAGGUGGUAAUGAUGGUGGAAAUGGUAAGAAGAAGAAGGUGGCCAUUAUGGGAGCUUCCGCUUUGAUCCUCGUGGCUAUGGUGGUCGCCGUCGCCGUUGGCGUUCACAAAGGUGGCUCCGACGACGACGACCAUUCAAGUUCAGGAUCCAUUUCAACCUCAUCAAAAGCCGUUAAACAAAUCUGCGCACCUACCGAUUACAGAGAGACCUGCGAGACCUCUCUAUCUUCUGUAAACUCCACCGAUCCCAAAGAGCUCAUCAAAGCCGGAUUCCAAGUCGCCGUUCAACAUCUCAGGGUCGCCAUUGAAAACUCAACCACUUUGAAAGAACUUGCCAAAGAUCCAAGAGCAAACCAGGCUCUGUCCAACUGCGAAGAGCUCAUGGAUUACGCCAUUGAUGAUAUUCAAGACUCGUUCAACAGGCUCGGCGCUUUCGACAUCUCGAAGCUCGAAGAGUACGUUGAAGAUCUCAAAGUCUGGCUCGGUGGUGCCGUGACUUACGAGCAAACUUGCCUCGAUGGUUUUGAAAACACCACCGGCGAUGCCGGUGACAGAAUGAAAGCGAUAUUGAAAACGGCUCAGGAGCUUACCAGCAAUGGCCUCGCCAUGGUUACUGAAAUCUACAACGUCUUGAACUCUAAUCUUAACCUACCAAACGCCCCCAGCACACCCAACCCGCCUCACCGUAGAUUACUUAACGAGGAAGAAACACCUUCGUGGGUUAAUGAUGGCAAAAGGAAACUCCUCGCUGCAUCUCCCGCUGAUCUUAAACCCGACGUCGUCGUCGCUAAAGACGGAUCAGGAAAGUACAAGACGGUGAAUGAAGCUUUGAAGGAUAUUCCUAAGUAUGGGAAUAACACUUUUGUUAUCUAUAUCAAGGCUGGAGUUUAUGAAGAGACCGUUAUCAUUGACAAGACCAUGACACAUGUUAUGAUGAUCGGUGAUGGUCCUACCAAGUCCGUCAUCACCGGAAGCAAGAACUACGUCGAUGGAACUCUGACCUUCAAGACUGCCACAGUCACCAUUAUUGGAGGCAAUUUCACUGCCAAGGACAUGGGAUUCGAGAACAGCGCCGGACCAGAAAAGCACCAAGCCGUGGCACUUCGAGUGCAAUCCGAUCUCUCACUCUUCUACAACUGCCGUAUGGAUGGUUACCAAGACACACUCUACACACACGCUCACCGUCAGUUCUACCGAGAUUGCACCAUCACCGGAACGAUCGACUUCAUCUUCGGAGAUGCCGGUGCAGUAUUCCAGAACUGCCAGAUGAUAGUGAGGAAGCCACUGGACAACCAGAACUGCAUAGUCACAGCACAAGGAAGAUCAGACAGGAGGACACCAUCAGCUAUCAUCCUGCAGAACUGCACCAUAUCAGGGGACCCACUUUACAUGCCAGUGAAGGAUGUGAACAAGGCAUACCUAGGAAGGCCAUGGAAGGAGUUCUCAAGGACCAUUAUAAUGCAAUCACAGAUUGAUGAUAUUAUUCAGCCUGAUGGUUGGUUGCCAUGGGCUGGUACAUUUGCAAUUAACUCUUGCUUUUACACGGAGUUCAACAAUAGGGGUGCUGGUGCUGACAUGAGCAAAAGAGUUAAGUGGAAGGGAAUUAAGACCAUAACUCCUCAACAUGCUGUAGAUUUCACUCCUGGGAGGUUUCUUGGAGGUGAUCGUUGGAUUAAGGCGACUGGUAUUCCAUAUGUUUCUGGCAUGAUUAACGUGUAGAGAGCGAGAAAAAAAAAAAAAAAAUUAGAUCCAUUCCCAAGCCCCAAAAAAAAAAAUAGUUGGAUUGGAAAAAAGAAAAAUUGACAUAAUUUUUUAAGAAAAAAAGGCUUUUUAAGUAUUUAUAUUUGGUGAAGGAUAUAUAAUUUCAAGAUUUUAUUUAUAUUCUUCUUAUUAUGUUACAUGAAAUAUUAAAAAAAAAAAGGUUUAUUUAUUUUGUUAUUAGUUUUCAUGUAAUUUUUUUUGUUUUUCUCAUUUGAGGAGCAUAACCAAAGUGAGAAAUUUGUAUUGAAAUUUUAAGUUUGAGAUCAAUUCACAAUGAAGAAAAGAAAAUUGUCAAAUUCAUGAUUAAUUUGACAACCAUAGA